AUGAGUUCCUUUCGAUCGUUUGUUUUCGACCCAACGCUGCUCAUCAGCCAAAUGGUGGCCCUGCAAUCGGUCUUCUAUUCCGCGCAGUCGGUUUCGUUGAUGGCCUAUUCAUUGACGGGAUAUCAACCAAGCGUUUCUCACAUUUUUACGAUACAGCCACUUCGCUUCACUGCAUUGGUCCAGUUGGUAGCAGCGGUCGGUGUGGCGGUGGCGAUUUCAUAUCUGGUGCAACGGACAAGACAGUGCCUCGACUUUGCGUGCACAGUACACUUGUUCCAUCUUCUGCUCGUCUGCAUUUAUAAUGCGACAUUUCCGACUUCAUUGCUGUGGUGGUUAUUGCAGCUUGUCAGCGUUACGAUCUGCACCGUGCUCGGCGAAUAUCUCUGCACCCGGCUAGAAUCCCGCGAGAUCAAGCUUACCAACAGCCCGUCCAAAUAUGACCUG